CAUUUGAAAAGUAAUUUGAAAAUAAUAUUUAACCCUGAUUUACCACCGUUUCUUAAAACGGAAUGAAAGUAGUGAUGAGUCUGAGAACGCUUUGGGGUUUUUUUUCUCACCUGGGUAACAAAAUACAUUACCCAGAAUCCUCUGCUGAAAACACAACACUAGUAGCUGCACAUGUGUUUCAUCAUGGCGGCCCCCGCUAAAAAGAUGGUUGGGGUUUCGGACUCCAGCAGCAGUGACGACGAAGUACUUAAAAGAUGUCAGGAGGCGGUUUGGGAGACGAAGGCUGUCAAAAGCAAAGAUGCGGAUGCCAGUGUGAAAGAGUCAAAGCGUCUCGUUGUCGCUGACCAUGAACAUGACGGCAACGAGCUCCAGGUCACGCCAGGAUUCCAGACGCAUGUUGCCAGAAAGUUAGGACACUUUCUUGACAGUUGUAUUUCAGAGAUAAAGCCUCAAACUUCGUCCUGUUUAGAACCAGCUAAAUGUAACAAAGAUGAGGAGGAGGAGGAAGGAUUUCGUCUGUUUUCUACAUCAGUCCCAGGAAAGAAAGCUGAAGAUCCUCCCGCCCCCGUAAGGCGUCGGCCUGCUCCCAGCUCAAGCGACAGCGAUGAUGAGAUGGAAAUGAGGCUGAAAGAGGCAGCGGUGUCUGUCAAAGAUCUGUUACCCUCGUUGGUGCUCUCACCCCCUUCGAUGGAGUCUCCUUGCUCGGUAAAAAUGACAAAGACGAAGAAGAAAGAUACAGAUGGAGAAGAGAGCCGCGUUAAGAAGAAGAAGAAGAAGAAUCAGGAGGAUGGGGAACAGGUGGACUCAGAUUCUACUCCUGAUGCUCAGAGUAAUGGUGAGCUCACAAACUCAGAACAGGAACACAUGCAAGUCAAAGUAAAACGGAAAAAGAAGAAGAAGAAGAGGCAAGAAGAAAACGCAGAGGAAGAAGCAUUGCACUGAUUUUUAAUUAUUUUUUAAAU